AUGGCUGCCCGCAGCAGGCCCCGUGGUCAAUUGAAGGAGGAAUUCGAUGAAGAAAGAGUCAUCUGGAACUCGAUCAAGUCCGACGGACGCCGAGUUGACCAACUCAUGAAAGAAUCGGAAACGAUACAAGAGAAGAUCCUCACCCUUACGGAGCAGCAGAGUGCUCGCAUACGCCGUGGCGAGGAACCCUCAGGUCGUAUCGACGACGAGCUUGAAGAUCAUCUACGCGAAAACAUCCGCCUUUUGAAUGAAGCCCAAACCUUACUCCAACCCGUGGAAGGCGGUAAUGACGUCCACACUCAAAUGACGCUCUUGGCUGCUCUGCGUAUGUCGGAAGAAGUCCCACCAUCAGCAUCACGUGCCACGAGCGUUGGCCAUGGAAAGUCUGGACGCGAUCGCCAGGGCAAGCGAAAGCUGACCGAUAGCAUCGACGAGCGCGACAGUGUGGCUGCCGACAGCCCCGGAGGACCCAGCCCAAAGGUCAUCAUCAGCAGCCAGAAAGACCGACUAGUAGCCAAGUCUGGCGGUAGCAGGGCAGGAUCGGUACCUGUUGCGAGAGAGGGUAGUGUAAAGAUGGAGGACGACAAGGACGACUCGGGCAAGGAAGUCCGACCCAGACUGUCCCCCCAAACAGAAGUCCUCUACCGCAACAACGCCAAAAAUAGAUCCUCGACAUCCUCUAUGCCCUUCGAGGGCGAAGGCAUCCUCUGUCGCGUAACCUCUGUCAUCGGUGAAGGAAAACAACGCCGCUACGAAAUCAUAGACGCUGAUCCUGAUCCACCAUCGCCAUCUGUCCCCUACCGCGCUUCCGUCAACCACCUGAUCCCCAUCCCGCCCCCAAGCGGCAACGCUACACUACCAGACCUUAACAAGGGUAAGAACGUGCUUGCUCUCUAUCCCGGUACCACCACCUUCUACAAAGCAGAAGUCGUGGCUGUGUGGAGACAGAGCGAUGGAAGGGUCAAGAAGGAAGAUGGAGGCAAGGAGGGAGAGACGGUGGAGAACCUAGUCCGAUUGAGGUUCGAAGGCGAGGACGAGGCGGAUCGCGAGAUGAGUGUUGAGAGGAGGUACGUUUUGCCUGAUCGGUGA